GUGGUAUCCCAGAAACACCAUUCACUCUGAGCUGUGACCGCGCACCAUCAACAGCAACAACUCCACUGCGCCUGGCCAAGGAAUAGGAAUUAGGAGCUCUCCCAAAUAAUAUGAAAGGGAUCUGCAAAGGGGAAAUCCGUGCAAAGGAGUCGAAAAUAGCAGACUUUUGGGACAGGGGAUGUACUAAAUGUGGCCGGCUGGACUUCAUGCUGCUGAAGAAUAUGGGGAUUAAAAGUGGAUUUACAUUUUGGAACCUCGUCUUUUUAUUGCUGGUUUCCUAUGUGCAAGGGUUUAUUUAUACCUGUGGUGGAACUUUAAAAGGUCUUAAUGGCACUAUAGAAAGUCCUGGCUUCCCAUAUGGAUAUCCAAAUGGUGCAAACUGUACAUGGGUAAUAAUAGCAGAAGAACGAAACAGAAUACAGAUUGUUUUCCAGUCUUUUGCUCUAGAAGAGGAAUAUGAUUAUUUAUCAUUAUAUGAUGGACAUCCUCAUCCUGCAAACUUUAGGACAAGGUUAACAGGAUUUCAUCUUCCUCCACCUGUGACAAGUACAAAGUCUGUGUUUUCACUGCGUUUGACAAGUGACUUUGCAGUUAGUGCCCAUGGGUUUAAAGUAUACUAUGAAGAGUUACAGAGUAGUUCUUGUGGCAAUCCAGGAGUUCCACCAAAGGGUAUCUUGUCUGGUACGAAAUUUGAUGUUGGUGAUAAAAUCCGCUACAGCUGUGUAACUGGAUAUAUUUUGAAUGGCCACCCCCAGCUUACCUGCAUAGCUAACUCAGUGAACACAGCAUCGUGGGAUUUCCCAGUUCCUAUCUGCAGAGCUGAAGAUGCAUGUGGAGGAACAAUGAGAGGAUCCAGCGGCAUGAUCUCCAGUCCCAAUUUUCCUAAUGAGUAUCAUAAUAAUGCAGAUUGUACAUGGACCAUUGUGGCAGAGCCUGGCGAUACCAUUUCGCUCAUAUUUACUGAUUUUCAAAUGGAAGAAAAAUAUGAUUACUUGGAAAUAGAAGGUUCUGAACCACCUACAAUAUGGUUAUCUGGAAUGAAUAUACCCCCUCCAAUUAUCAGCAACAAAAACUGGCUCAGACUUCAUUUUGUAACGGACAGCAACCACCGAUACCCUGGAUUUAGUGCUCCCUAUCAAGUGAAAAAGGCCAUAGAUUUUAAAUCUAGAGGAUUUAAAUUGUUUCCAGGGAAAGACAACAGCAACAAGUUUUCUAUCUUAAAUGAAGGAGGUAUUAAACAGGCAUCCAAUUUGUGUCCAGAUCCUGGAGAGCCAGAAAAUGGAAAACGACUAGGCUCAGAUUUUAGCUUGGGAGCAACCGUACAAUUCUCCUGUGAUGAAGACUAUGUGUUGCAGGGGGCAAAAAGUAUCACCUGUCAGAGAAUAGCUGAAGUGUUUGCUGCAUGGAGUGAUCAUAGACCCGUGUGUAAAGUAAAAACUUGUGGAUCUAAUCUUCAGGGACCCAGUGGCACCUUUACAUCACCCAAUUUUCCAUUCCAAUAUGACAGUAAUGCUCAAUGUGUUUGGGUCAUCACAGCUAUAAAUACCAAUAAG